AUGGCUAAGAAAAAGAAGUCCAAACGGGGCGUAGAAGUAAAGGACAUCAGCAACUUUCAGUAUGGAUACCGUGCGGAUUCGUCCAACGCGGUACGUACUCCUGUGGCAACUCGGAGAGUUCCUGUUGAUCCUGCUGUUUUGAAACGCGCAUACAUUUUGCACAACUUCCAGUUUGUGCUCCGGCAUGACGCUCAGCAACUCAGAGCUGUCCCUGGUUUGCCGCAGAGGCCACACCAGGUAACUGAAGCCCUUCGACUGAGUGGUACAACGCCCCCGUGGGAUCUCAUUAUUGCAGUGGUGGCACGGGGGACGUGGGAGGAGUUUCACUGCCCGGUGUGCCUGGAGGAGCCACAGGCAGCGCGUAUCACGAGUUGUGGCCAUGUCUUUUGCUUGGUUUGUGUACUGCAGUACAUUUCUAGGCGAAAAGCGGAGAGCAAGCAGCGGACUUGUCCAGUGUGCAGCAACUUUAUUACCGUGGCCUCCCUACGGCCCUGUAUGGUCAGGUUGGUAGAACCGCCAUCCGUGGGUGCCAGGGCUUCUUUCACCAUGCUGAAGCGUAAAGGGGACUCUUGUAUCUUGCUUCGGCAAGAUGAUCCCUGCUGGAAGGAAACGACCCUUACCGAUGACGAACUCCGUCUUCCAUUCUACGGUGAGCCGUCCGCAACAUACAGUAGGUACGUCAUCUCCACGGAAAGCGGCGAAGCUACAUUGCGUGAGGACGAAUGCACAGCAAUAACGAGGCAAAUAAGUAUGCUUGAGGCGCAGCCAAGGCCGUUUACAUCAUUUGAUGAUGACUUACUUAAAAGGGCCGAAGACGCUCUCCGACUUACCCUGCAGGGAGUUCCACAGCAACAAUCGGCGGGUGAAACUCGCUCUUCCCCUCCUCUUGCUCCUAAAACACCGGGUACGGAAACAAACAUGGCUUAUGAAUUUUAUGGGGAGACCGACGGGCAGGCGUAUUACAUGCAUCCCAUCACAUACAAAAUGUUGUGUGUGGAUGCUGAGGCCCGUAACUCGCCUCUCCGCAACGUUGUAGAGGCUCCGGUAGAGGAGAUUACGACGUUUACGCAGGACGAGGCAUCCAGGAAACGCUACAGAGUUUUUGCUCACGUACCACUUCAUGCAACAAUAAAGUUGUGUCUUCUUGACCUGAGCGACAUUGUUCUUGCGUCCACAAUGAAGAUUUUCGAACCAACACUUGCACGGCUGCGGAAGUCACGGCAACUUCGGGAAUCGAGUAUUAGCAGCAGUACCGAAGAUUCUACGUGGCAGGAGUACCUCCGACGCUACCGCACUGAUUGGCGGGGUGAGGCAGAGAGAACUUUGGAGGAUAUGAGCCCGAUGUCGGAAUUUAUGAUGUCGGAGAUGUCUGCAGAUUUCGAGCGUCUACCAGCACUUGAACUCUCCCCAUCCGAUGGUACUCCGCCCCUUGGUCCCGUGCCGCAAGCAUCAGCGGGAAGGGAAACACCCGGAGGAGGUUGCUGGAAGACCGGCAACUCUCUCCAGCUUUUCUCUUCACCUCCAGUGCGCCCCGUUGUGCCUACAUGGGGUGGGCACGGCUUCAAUCCAAACAAACCAUCGUCGAACGUGUCUCUAGCUGAGGGGCGGAAGAGGUAA